GUGUAAUUAAAUUUCAGUGAAGUUCUAUCAUCAAUUGCCUAAUUCUUGGGACGUCGAUUAAUUAUAAAAUAUUCUGAGUGUUGUUUUGACAAAACGCAAGAUGUCCGAUGAAGAGAUGAAAAAAUCAGACUCAUCGAAGGAAACGAGCGAUUCUGCGGAAAAUCCGAGAUUAUGUUCUUUCAGCAUCGAAAGAUUACUAGCAAGACCGAGCAAGAUAGAUGAAGAAGAAAAUAAAUUCCCACAACGAACCGAUUUGUCUUUGCUUUACCAAGAAAGUAAUGAAUUGGAGACAAGAAUGCUUGUUGCACCUGAUUCAUCCAUGUCAAUGGCGGAAGAAAUCGAACUCGACGAUACCGACAUAGUAUGCUCGACAUCUCCUGAACCAGAAAUAUAUUAUGAGGCGUGCACCAGCAGUAGUGGCGCGAAUUCAACUACGAGCGCGGACAGGGAUAUCCAGGAGAAGACUGUCGCCGCUAUUAGCGACGAUGAAAGGAAGAAGAGACCACGCACAGCGUUCACCGCCACGCAAAUUAAAUCCUUGGAGGCGGAAUUCGAAAGAAAUAAAUAUUUGAGUGUGGCAAAACGGUUGCAGCUGAGCAAAAAUUUAAAGCUCACGGAAACACAAAUAAAGAUAUGGUUCCAAAAUAGACGGACUAAGUGGAAAAGAAAGUACACUAAUGACGUCGAGCUAUUUGCGCAGCAAUAUUACUCGAGCUUAGGAAUUCCAGCACCACGACCAAUUUUUGUCGGUGAUCGCUUAUGGUUUUUCAACUAUCCGGGACAAGCACAAUCAGGAGUACCAUUUCCGCAGCAUUUAACACCGUUGCCAUUACCCCCUACGUUACCUAUUAUUCAACCAUUGCCCAGUACUCUAUCGAUGAGGCAACAAACAUCCAUCUUUCAAAACGUACCAACUAGUCACCUCUCGCAUCAUCUAACUCAGAGAUUGGACUUCAGGCAUCAUGAUCCUUAGCUUUUGAGUAAAUUCGUCUCCAAAAUUAUUAGUAAUGAUCGAGUCAUUUAUAAUUAAUUAAUAAUUCUUUACGAUAUGCAAUACGAGGCUAUGAAAGACUUGUUUGCUAGUGAUAACGAUUGCUACAAGUAGCGUACUUUUUU